AUGCACCGUAAAAUAUUAUCACCAUCGCUAUCGAUAAUCAAUAGAUGUGUAGCUUCAGCAAGUUCAUCGUCAGUUCAAUCCACAGCAAAACCUGUAUCAGCUAAAACUCAAACGAUUAUCGACCGUGAAACACGUUUUGGAGCAGCAAAUUAUCACCCAUUACCUGUUGUCAUCCAACGUGGAUCCGGUGUAUAUGUAUGGGAUACUGAUGGAAAACGUUAUUUUGACUUCCUUUCAGCUUAUUCCGCAGUGAAUCAAGGACAUUGCCACCCAAAAAUUAUAGCUUCCAUGAAACAACAAGCCGAAAUAUUAACAUUAACUUCCAGAGCCUUUCAUAACGAUGUACUUGGAGAAUUCGAACAGUAUGCUUGCGAACUUUUUGGUUAUGAAAAAAUGUUACCAAUGAAUACGGGUGUCGAAGGUGGAGAAACAGCUAUUAAAUUAGCACGUAAAUGGGCAUAUAGUGUCAAAGGUAUACCAAAAGAUCAAGCUGUUGUACUUUUCGCUGAAAAUAAUUUUUGGGGUCGUACAUUGGCUGCUGUGUCAAGUUCAACAGAUCCAUCGUGUUAUGAAGGUUUUGGGCCAUAUAUGCCUAAUUUCAAAAUCAUCCCAUACAAUGAUUUACAAGCAUUAGAAAAAGCAUGUAAAGAUAGUCGCGUCUGUGCAUUCAUGGUUGAACCUAUUCAGGGCGAAGCUGGUGUUUUUGUUCCUGAUGAUGGUUAUUUGGCGGGUAUUCGAAAGAUUUGCACGAAAAAUAAUGUUCUUUGGAUAGCUGAUGAAAUUCAAACGGGCAUUGGUCGAACUGGAAAAUUGUUGGCAUGCGAUCAUGAAAAUGUCCGUCCCGACAUUGCUAUUCUUGGUAAAGCAUUAGCUGGUGGCUUGUAUCCAGUAUCAGCUGUUUUAGCGAGUGAUAAACUCAUGAGCGUGUUUACACCUGGUACACAUGGUUCAACCUUUGGUGGAAAUCCACUAGGUGCUCGCAUUGCUAUUACUUCUCUUAAGGUCUUAAUGGAAGAAGGCAUGAUUGAAAAUGCUGCUAAAAUGGGUGAAUUAUUACGCAAGGAAUUAAAUCGAUUGCCUAAAGAUAAAGUUAAAGUAGUUCGUGGUAAAGGCCUACUUAAUGCAAUUGUUAUAGAUUCGAAAUACGAUGCAUGGGAGCUUUGCUUACAUUUACGUGAUUUUGGUCUUUUAGCAAAACCAACGCAUGGUGAUAAAAUACGUUUUGCUCCACCAUUGAAUAUAACAAAAGAGCAGAUCCUUGAAUGUUGUUCCAUCAUUCAAAAAGCUGUUAAUGCUAUUUAG